AUGGGCAGUCACGGUCCUUCUGGUCGUCUCGCGGGCAAGAAUGCCAUUAUCACUGGUGCUGCAGGCGGUAUCGGCCUGGAAACCACCAUCCUUUUCGCACGCGAGGGCGCCCGCGUCCUCAUGUCCGACAUUUCCCAACCCGCCCUCGACCGCGGCCUAGCGAAAGUCCUCGAAAUUGUCCCUUGGUGCAUCAAGCCCGCGACAAUUCUCUGCGAUGUCACCAAGGAAUCCGAGGUCGCCGCCAUGGCCGAUCUUGUCGACACCUGGGGCGGCGUGGAUGUCUUCUUCAACAACGCCGGCAUCAUGCACGCCAACGACGCGGAUGCCACUGAGACCUCCGAGAAGGUCUGGGAUCUCACUAUGGCGAUCAACGUCAAGGGUGUGUGGUACGGUAGCAAGCACGCCGUGCUGAGCAUGCGGCGGCAUGGCAAGAAGCACGGAUCUAUCAUCAAUACCGCGUCGGUCGUUGCGCUCGUCGGGUCUGCGACACCGCAGCUUGCUUACACGGCAAGCAAGGGUGCUGUGCUGGCUCUGACGCGCGAGCUGGCUAUCGUGCAUGCUAGGGAGGGAUUCAGGUUCAAUGCGCUGUGCCCUGCGCCACUCAACACACCCCUCCUCCAAGACUGGCUCGGCGGCGACGAAGCCAAGCGCCACAGACGCGAGGUCCACUUCCCCACCGGCCGCUUCGGUGAGGCCAUCGAGCAGGCCCAGGCCGUGCUGUUCUUGGCCUCCGACGAGAGCAGCUUCGUCAACGGCACCGACUUUGUUGUUGACGGCGGCAUGACCAGGUGCUACAUCACGCCUGAGGGCCCGCCAACGGAGCCGCCGAAGAACUACACGCGCUAG